CAAGAACAAAUUGAGAUAAAGUUGGGGGCAUAGCUGCAGGUAUAAAUAUGCAGCAAACACUGAACACAAAUCAGUACCAUAGAAUUUGGAAAACAAAUUUUACCUAAGAGCAAAAUUAGAAGCCUUUGUGUGUGUAUUGCGGAGUUAUGGCGGCAAACAUGGGAUGGGGUGUGAGUGUGAUAGAAUAUGAUGGAUGGAGGAAGGGACCUUGGACUGCUGAGGAAGACAGAUUGCUCAUUGAGUAUGUCAAGUUGCAUGGUGAAGGUAGAUGGAACUCCGUUGCUAGGCUUGCAGGACUGAAAAGAAAUGGGAAGAGCUGUAGAUUGAGAUGGGUGAAUUACCUGAGACCAGAUCUCAAGAAGGGUCAGAUAACACCACAGGAAGAAAGCAUAAUUCUAGAGCUGCAUGCUAUGUGGGGAAACAGGUGGUCAACAAUAGCAAGAAGCUUGCCAGGAAGAACUGACAAUGAGAUAAAGAAUUAUUGGAGAACCCAUUUCAAGAAAAAGACAAAAGGUCCAUCUGUUGCUGCUGAAAAGGCUAAAAAUCAUCCCUUGAGGAGACAGCAAUUUCAACUUCAACAACAGCAGUUGAGGCAGCAGCAUAAUGUUCAGCAGCAACAACAACAACAACUACAAUUCAACUUGGAAAUGAAAGGGGUCAUAAACUUGCUUGAGGAAAAUAACCAUAGUGAGCCUUCUAUAUCUCUAGAGACCCAAGAAAUGGUCAGCAUGUAUCCAAACACAACAGAACAGCAGGGUUACUUCUACUCUAUGCUCAAUGGCAAUGUCUCUGUCCCAGAAUCCUCAAACGAAGAUUUUAUGUGGGAUGGGCUGUGGAACUUGGAUGAUAUUCUUUGCAAUUUCAGUGCAGCUACUGCUACAAGCAAAGCCACUCUUCACAAUUUAGUUGCUCCCUUUUGUUAAAGCUUUUUUUCUUUAGCCUUGAAUUCUGUUAUAAGAAGAAUAGUACUACAAAUUUGAGUCACGGCUUGAUAAAAGGGUGGACUCAUGGUAGUAAGUGAUAUUCUGAAGGUGAGUUGUUGUGUUACCUGUCGAUAAAGUGUCUCAA